AGGCUUCAAUUGUAGGCGUCCAGAGUGGAGCCUGCGCUUUUGGACUCCCAUGGAGUCGACGGAGCGCCUGGCGUGGUUGGAGCGCCUGGAGCUGCGCCUGUCACAGCAGCGCCGCUCCCUCGAGGCCCAGCAUGUGCAGCUGCUGGCAGAGAUGCGCGUCGCCGAUGCUGUCGCAGAGUUAAGCGUCGACACUGACGUUCCCGACGACACGGCUCCCGCGAUGCCGGCGGUGGAGGCAGAAGCCGCGGUGGCAGUUCCCUCCUCUGCGUCCCACAUGUUCAAACCAAUCGCCCUGAAUGAGCUGGACAGCAUGAUGCAGAGCAGCCAGGAGAUGAUGCAGUUUAAGUUCAGCUCCUCCGGGAGCCGGCAGAGCCAGCGCAGUGGCCCGAGCGAGGUGUCGAAGGUCCCCUCCAAGGAGAAGCCGAGGAUGCGUCUGACCAGAAGUGCUUCAUCAUUGAAGGAGUCCUUGACUGCGGAGAGGGUGCCGUCUGUGCAAAGACCCUGUUGGCAUCCGGUCCCCUUGGUGCAGUCCUUCGUCUUCGAGGUCUUCUUCGCCUGCCUCAUCUUCUUGCAGGCUGUGGCCAUGGCAGUGGAGGUACAGUACACCGGCUUGGACUGGGGCCACCGGCUGCAGUAUGACGGCUACGACUCCCCGGCGGCCGAGAUUUGGCCGGUGGUUCCGGAAAUUUUGCGGGGUGUGGAGUUCGUCUUUGGGGUUUGCUUCGGCGUGGAGGUGGUCCUGAAGUUCUGCGGCCUGGGAAAGGAGUACCUCCGUGACCCUUGGUGCUGGUUCGACGCUGCUCUAGUGGGUUUGUGGGUGUGCGACAUGGCCCUGUCUCUGGUGGCGAUGAACACCCCGCACUUGCGCCUGAUCCGGCUGGUGCGCCUCCUGCGGCUGGUGAAGCUGGUGCGCGCCAUCAGGGGCUUCGACUCCCUGAUCGUCAUGACGACAGCGCUUCAGGAUAGUGUAAAUGCCUUGCUGUGGGUUGCGGUGAUCAUGGUAGUGGUGGAGCUCCUUUUUGCGCUGCUGCUGAACCAGAUUUUGGUGAGCCUGGUCGGGCAAGACGCCAGAUUCUCGAUGGAGGAUGAGAUGGCUCUUUUUCAGUACUUCGGCACCUUCCCCAGAUGCAUGCUGACCAUGUUUCAGUUUACCCUGGGCACGUGGGUUCCAGUGGCGAGAGUCUUGCAGGAGAUUGUAAGUCCAGUCAUGAACAUUUUCACGAUCCUCCACAAGGUCACCAUUGGCUUUGCCUGCAUCGGGGUCAUCAACGGAGUCUUUAUGCAAGAGACGAUGAAGGUGGCACAGUCGGAUGAUGUCAUCAUGAUGAGAGAUGUAGCACGGAGAGAGAAGAUCCACGCCCAGAAGAUGAAGACCUUCUUCCAGCUUACUGACCAGUCAGGGGAUUCCAACAUCACCCGCGCUGAAUGGGUAGAGGUCAUGGCGAGGCCUGCUACGUUGCACUGGUUCGCAGCGCAAGGCCUCUCAAUGCAAGACCCUGAGGCGGUCUUUGACUUGUUGGACUCAGACGGCAGCGAUAGUCUGACCCUGGAGGAGCUGGUGGCUGGUGUGUCGAAGCUCCAGGGCCCUGCUCGGGGCUUGGAUUUGGCGCUGCUCAGCGAGCGCCAGCGCAGCUUGCAGGACCUGGUGCGGCGCAUGUUCACGGUGCACAACGAGCUGGUGGUAGAGCAGGAGCGGGACAGGACAAGCGAUACCCCUCCGAAAUGCUCUAUGAGGUCAACAGCGCAUUCAUUGUAAUCCUUUUGACAGCAUUGGCCAUGCCAAAGGCAUUGGCUUGAAAAAGUGAGCGCGCGGGCAAGCCCCAAGUCCGAAUACUCCCGGCCCUUGACUGGCAACUGCCAACCUGUAAAGAGUAUUCCGGUCAGGCAUCCCUGUACAUUUGCAUACAUCAGCGCUAAAAGCGCUGUAUCCCGAAAAACUUGCGCUGGCGUCUGUACGCCCCGUCUUUUUUCCGAGUCCUAGCCGUCGAACUGCCACGUGGGUAUGUCUUAAAAUCAGC